UGUUUGCCUGUGAUUGUAUUGUGAUUUGUGAUUCAUUCAUGGAGAAUUUGAUGAACAGCGCCAGCAUUGUCUUUUGCCGAUUAAGCAUGGUCGCCACGGUCGGUCAAUGAGUGGUCGGAGUUGAGACCUAUCUCCCGGUACAAUCGCACCUUUAUUUUGGCAGAAAAUAGGAUCACUUCCCCCGGUCACUCUGUUGUCUAAUUUGAAUUUUCUGGAAGCUCUCGUUUCAUCCAGCAAAAACAUAAAAAUUGUCCUUGUGAUUAAUUGUGAACCUGCAUAACAUUAUUAUCCUGCAACCCACGCCGAGAGUCCAAAAUCCGUCUCCAUCGGUUUAAUCCGGAGCUAUCAAUGGGUGACCAAGUAGUGAUGGACCGAAUUGCUGACACCACGGAUUGGCAACGGACUGGUGACAUAGUUCAAGAUCAGCUCUACCUGUACACUCAUGGAUACUUCUAUGACUGCUCUUUUGCUGUUGGCAUCGAAAAAAAGAUUUUCAAGUGUCACAAGGUGGUCCUUGCCAGAGCCAGCAACAUUUUUGCAGUGAUGCUGACUGGACAUUUCAACGAAGCAUCCAAAAACAAGGACGACACCAUAAAUUUUUCUGACACAUUACCAGAAACAUUUGACUUUGCCAUGAGGCAUAUAUACGGAAAUGUCAACCAGCUAGAGGACCUUCAGCUUGCGAUCAAAGUUUACAGAUUUGCCCAUGUUUGGCAGUUAGAAAAACUCCUAAAACUUGCUGCUGAUUUCAUGGCCAAGUGUGAACCCAGAGAGGUGAUUCCAGUUUACGAGUGCUUCAAAAUGUAUAGGGAUGAUCGUCUGGACUCUGUCCUUUCAGUCAUAUCAAAGGAAAUUGAGGUCAUUUGCAGUUCUCCUGCCUGGUACAGCGCCCCGAUCGAGACCAUAGCAGAAAUUUUGCAAAUGGAUCAUCUAAUGACCACGGAGGAAAAUCUUUUUGAUGCCCUUGUGUUGUGGGGUACUACACAAGCCAUCGAAGAACAGAGCGUCAGAGAAUUGAUCGACAAGGCCUUGCGAUUCAUUCGUUUUAGGAAUUUUGACUUCUACCAGUUUUCGAGCAUGAAUUUACAUGGUGAUCUUUUUCUCACUGACAAAGAAAAGGUGCAGAUUUUUAUGAAUUUGGCAAUGGGAAACAAAUGUCCCAUGCCUUUUGGCUUCACUGAUAAGCUAAAAUUUAGAAAUCUGCAUCCGAAGAAGUUCACUGCCAAGUUCAAUGAACAUGGAGACGACAGUGUGAUUCAACUGGAACAAAUAUCUAAGACCGAUGUGUAUUUUGUAACGGAGAGUGAAGGAUUUGUCUUGACUGGUGUUCGAUUGUUUUCCAUGAAUCGUGACAAUUCUGCUCAGGAGCUUGAUAUUUCAUGUCAAGUGACAAGCAGUGCCACAUCAUUGAAACCCCUGGCUUUUGUGGAAUUCAAGGGAUUGAACGAAUCCAAAUAUGAAGACUUUCUUUUGUUCCCUGAACAUGUGCUUCUCAAAGAGAAUGUUCUGUACACCAUUACUGUCAGUUACGCAAAACCAUGCAGAACAAGGAAAUUUGAAUAUGGGAGCAGCUUGAAAUGGCACCACGGUGAUCUCGUUUGGUCUUUCCCUUAUUCCGACAAUAAUUAUCACUAUGAUAUUUGUUCAUUGUCCUUGCGCUACCUUGUAAUGCCUGAAAACUGAUGCCUUAUUAAUAACAAAAACAAAAUACAUGCA